UAAAAAAUUGAUACAGGGAAGAAGGAGCCAGCCAAGUGAUGAAGAUACCUGAAUAAACUAAAACUAGUAUUAAUACUAAUAAUACACGCGCGUUUCACACCGGUGUGACUUCAAUGGGCGGCGAGGUGAGAGAAAAUAGUGCGUACGAAGUUCUGGCGGAUCGGUGCCGGAGGUUGGAAGAGCAACAAACCAAGCUGAGGGAGGAGUUCAAGGAGGUGUUGCAGGAGAAGAAGAAGAAGAAGAAACCCAAGGUCAAAGACAACGAAAAUGAAGAUUCAACUGCGGGUUAUCUUUCUGGUUUCUUCUUCUCUCUAAGUCCUUAUGCUAACGUUUUGAAAUGCAUGGGACAUGCUGUUUAUGUCCACGACGUGACCACCGGCCAGAUCAUAUAUUGGAAUAAUUCAGCAGAAACUCUGUAUGGAUGGAAGGCAAAUGAAAUAAUUGGACAAAGAUUAGCUGAUUACCUAGUUUCUGAAGAAUAUUAUGGAUCUCUACGAAGAAUUCUACAUCAGUUGAUCACAGGAGUGCCAUGGUCUGGACAGUUUCCUUUGAAGAAGAGGUCUGGUGAAAUAUUUAUGGCAAUGGUAACAAAAACUCCUCUUUAUGAGGACGGUAAGCUUGUUGGUGUUAUCUCUAUUUCUAGUGAUGCGGUUUUAGUUAACUCUAAGGAUUUCGACAAGCAAAGAACUUGCCAAUCUCGUACGAAUGACCAGCCUGGAAUUCAAAGUUCAAAAAGGAUUCAUUGGCCUCCACGCCCACAAAUGGCAUCAUCUGUUUCCAAUCUGGCAUCAAAGUUUCUUCCACUCCGGCAGAAAGAUGACACAAUUUCCAAGAACACUUCAGCAGACGCAGAUGAUCAAACACCAGGGAAACAUAGCGUUUAUGAAACUGAAUCUUGUUCCAGAAGUUACCAAAAAGAAAACACCACUGUCCUGGAGGCCAGCAAGAAGGAUGAGUCUACAACUGAAUUUGGCCAGCCUUCUAAAAUUGCUGCUAGAGUCCUUGCUAAACUCCGAGGGGGAAGUGAAAAAUGUAGGAAGUAUACUAGAAGUUUUAAAGACAAUUGUGCAACUGAUGACAGAUCAGGAAGUAAUAGAGUGAAUAAUGGAAUUGAUUUAUCUGGAAGUUCAGUUGCAUUAAUGUCGCACCAGGAUAUUUCUAAUGAAGAAGAUAAAGAAGAAAAGCUCCAAAAAUGUAAUUCUUUAUCUGUUGUGAAUAUAGCAGAUGCAAAUUUUUGUGCACAUAGAACUUCUAGUAUUUUCAAAGAUAGUUUUGCUAAGCCCUUCUCAGAGGACUUUUGUAAAUAUUUUGGUUCGCCGUUUCCCCAAGACCCUUUGUUAAGAUUACGCUGUACAUUAGAUCCAAAGAAAUUGGAGCCAAAAGCUACAAAUAUGGUGAUAGAAGAUGAAAUUGAAGUGCAAAAGCAGCAAGAAGGGUUGCCGUUGGCGAACUCGAAGGAGAGUAUAAAUGGCUGCAUGAGUUCAUCAAGCAAAUGGAAAAGUGAAUCAAACUCUGUUGUAGGGCGUGAAAUCCAUUGGGAAGACCUUCAAUUAAGAAGGGAGAUUGGGCAAGGUUCUUAUGCUGUUGUUUAUCAUGGAAUUUGGAAUGCAUCGGAUGUUGCUGUCAAGGUUUACUUUGGGAAUGGAUACGCAGAGGAGACUUUACGAAACCACAAAAAAGAGGUUGAUAUAAUGAAAAGAUUGAGACACCCAAAUGUAUUGCUUUUCAUGGGAGCCAUAUAUUCUCAGGAAAGGCAUGCCAUAGUGACAGAGUUAUUACCUAGGGGAAGCCUUUUCAGAACACUUCACAAGAACAAUCAAACAUUAGACAUCAAAAGGCAUCUUAGAAUGGCUCUUGAUGUUGCUAGAGGAAUGAAUUAUCUUCAUCACAGAAAUCCACCAAUUGUGCAUAGAGACCUAAAGUCUUCUAACUUGCUUGUUGAUAAAAACUGGAAUGUCAAGGUUGGAGACUUUGGCCUGUCCAAGUUGAAGGAUGCAACUUUACUGACUACCAAAUCCGGGAGAGGCACCCCUCAGUGGAUGGCCCCUGAAGUCCUCCGCAGUGAACCUUCAAAUGAAAAGUCUGAUGUCUUCAGCUAUGGUGUCGUCCUUUGGGAAAUAAUGACUCAAUCUAUUCCAUGGAAAGAUUUGAAUUCCUUACAGGUUGUUGGAAUAGUAGGCUUUAUGGAUAGAAGACUGGACCUGCCAGAGGGGCUUGACCCCCAUGUAGCGUCAAUCAUAAAUGACUGCUGGCAAAGUGAUCCGGAACAACGGCCAUCAUUUGAAGAGCUAGUACAGAGAAUGAUGUUGAUUGUCAGCAGAGUAACAGCUUUGUCAUUAAACAGCAUUGCAGAAUCCUGAACGUGCUAUGUGGUUUAAGGGAGGGAAGUGGCCGUUAAAAAUGCAGAUUUUCAUUACUAUAGAAAUGAAAAGUACUAGCCAACAAAUUUAGUGGUAAAAUACAAAUAACGACACAGCAGAGAGAAAUAAAAGAGGGCUGAAGAAUGGAAUCGAAUAGUAGCUAAAUUGUUGUGAUCCGAACCAUGGUUUAAGGAACCCGGCGAGUUCACUCCAUCUGACUACAGCCAACUCUGUUGAUUAAGAAAGAGAAGUCUAACCAUCUACAAGUGACUUAGGAUACAAUUUUCUGUUUAAGGCGACUAGAGGUUAUGUUGUUGACUCGUAAUGUGCUCCUUUUGUGAGGACUGGUUAGUGGCAAUUGUAUAACAGAAGGGAACUUCUUUUCCCACCCGAAAGUAUAUUUUUGGACACAUGUGUGAUUUUUAAGAAACGUAGGGCGGAAAAAGAAGUCUCAUAACCAAAUAAGGUUUCUUUUUUUGGGCGCGGAUUCUAAUUGAAUCCCUUUUUCCCCGAUGGCAACAGAUACUCGUUCUGACACUGCUUCUGUCUGUGCUAGUCACUCCAAGUUGACUCUAUUCACUGAUGGGCUUGCACCCUGAAGGACUUCACAUGUUUUUCGUCUCCAAAUAUUUAUCUGUUUAAUUGAAAGGUUAUCUAAUGACUAAUUUUGUUAACAAUAAAUUUAUCUAAUAAAAUAUAUAACCCUGCUGCUCCUUGGUUUAUCUAUGCUUGAUGGUAGCAUUAACAUUGUGUGUAAAUUAUUUUGUACUUAUUGGUUAUUAUUUCCUCUUCCAACAA